GCGUAAAAAAGUUCGGUGGCGCUAGCUCCGCCGCUAGUCACCUACAAGCACAGAGGGAAGUAACGUUGGGGGAUUUAAAGAAAAAAUCUGGACACAACGUCAAGGACUUGAAGUGGUACGCCGAGGGCUGCGGGGAACUGUAACUAUCCACUACGUUUGGAAGAAACUUAGCGUGCAGGGAAAAGAUCACGAGUGCGCGGAAGUUUACUGAUGUUUAGUUAACGUUAGCUAACUUAGCUGGUUGGCCCUGUUAGCUUAUUAGCGAGGAAGGUGCGCUCUGUUUGGACAGCUGGGCAUCAACAUUUACAACUAGUCCAACUGCACGGGCGAGUUAGUUAACUGACACGCUGCUAGUUAUAAUCUAGCGUUUAAAACAGAGUUUGGCGAGUGUUGCGGUUUGGCUAUCAAACUCUUGUAACGGUAGUGCGGGCCACGAGCUUUGAAUCUUGUGGGGUCGUCUCAAACACAAACAGCAGUUAACGUUACAUAUUUAGAGAGAAAACGAACAUUCAGCCACUAUCUCACAGAUCUAGAUCAGCUCAGCGCUACCAAACAUCCACAGCCCCCUGUGUGCCGCUACGGAUGACCUAUCAGGUCUGUCAGGCUUGCAACGUUGGACCUGCGACGCGUCCCAGCUCAUUGUCUUCGUCAGUGAUGCUCCCCCUGAUCAGCUAGUGAGACGCGUGGAAACAAUCCGCAGCCCUCUAACCAUGGGAGGAUGUGUGGGGAGAUACUGGGAAGGCUGGGAGGACACACAGAGCCGAGGCUCGUCCAGGAACGGUGGACGAGGAGGGCGUAAUGAGCCCCUGAAGAAAGAUCGGCCCAAGUGGAAGAGCGACUAUCCGAUGACAGAGGGCCAGCUGCGGAGCAAGCGGGAUGAGUUCUGGGACACGGCGCCGGCCUUCGAGGGCCGUAAGGAGAUCUGGGACGCCCUGAAAGCCGCGGCUGUGGCCCUGGAGUGCAAUGACCACGAGCUGGCCCAAGCUAUAGUGGAUGGAGCCAGUAUCACACUGCCACAUGGUACUCUCGCAGAGUGUUACGACGAACUCGGGAACCGCUACCAGCUGCCCGUCUACUGCCUGGCUCCACCAGUCAACCUCAUCUCAGAGCGCAGUGACGAGGACCCCAGCGACAGCCCUGAGCCCACUGUAGCACCUAAGAAGGAAUUCCAGCUCAAGGUCCGGCUCUCCACAGGCAAGGACCUGCGCCUCAGUGCCAGCAUGGCCGACACCAUCGGGCAACUGAAGAAGCAGCUGCAGGCCCAGGAUGACAUUGACGCCGCCCACCAGCGCUGGUUCUUCUCUGGGAAGCUGCUCACGGACAAGACGCGGCUGCAAGACACUAAGAUCCAGAAGGACUUUGUCAUUCAGGUCAUCGUUAACCCGCAGGCCCUCCAAGCCCCCAAGCUGUCACCCACCACCAUUGCCUCUUUGCCUGCAUCUGAAUAACUGAGGACACAGAGGAUAGAUGGAGGGAUGGUGCGCUGGCUAGUGAGCUUGGUGGUGGACACUAAAGGACCAGAGGUGUCUCCUAUUGCUGGAUGACUGGUUAGCUUUUUGAGAACAGCUACUUUUGUUGAAAUAAAAUAAGAAAGGGGAGUUACAAAACUAUUUUGGAGGAAAAAAAACAUGAGGGAGAAACUAAAAAGUGCUGCUUUCUUUCGUCUACAUGUGUCAUAAGUUUUUGGUCUGCUGGGUUGUUCAAGUAAAUCCAGCCUCCACACAAACUCUGGAGAUCCUUGUCUGGUCUCUCUUCUUGAAUAAAAACAAAACUCAUCCUGCUGUUGUGCAGCCUUUAAACCACAUACAAAAUGUGCACAUCAAGCUGCACAUGGAGACUCUGUAACUGCACUAAUGCUAACAAAGUGCCAAUGGAAGAAAUGCAGAGGUGUUUGUGUUGGUUCUAAAGCACAUUUCUACUAUGACGCCCAUGGACUCUUUUCCUUUUGUCCUCCACCGAAACAGGAGUGGAGGACAGAGAAUGAGAUACAGAACUAUAUUUUCUUUAUUCUUUCUUUUUGAGGAAAUAAUGUAAACUGAGCUUUUUUUGCACAUUUGAAGAUUAUUACUAUACUUUUGUGGUAGUUUGUGUGCCUUCUACAAGACGAAACAAAAAAGGGUUAAUGUCCGGGAAAAACACUAGUUUUACCGCUAGACUAAGACUUAUGUAUUUUUUUAGAUUCAAGAACUCUUAGAUCAAUCCAAGCUAUAACUGCUGCCUUUUUAAAAAAAUUAUUUCAUGAAUCUUACAGACAAAAGUUUAUGUGUGUGUGUGUGUGGGCAAAAACAAUAUGUAGUUGGCCCGUAUGAUACAUUUUAGUUUGACAUGGCUUCAGAGACAAGGCUGUUUCCCUGGUUAUUAGUCAUAGCUUUGCAGUCAAUCAUAUCAUAUUGUCCAGAGAAAGCUAAAUUCCCAUGCUAAGUGAAUGGUCUUAAAAGCUUCAUUAUUGACCACUUAAUUACCCCCAGACCACUAGGGGGCAGCAACACAGCCCUGAUCCUGAUAGUCCAGUUGCUUAGGGCUAGUUGUCCUUUUUCUUGCCAUCUGAUGAAUGUAAAUCCAGUAUUCACUCUCAUUUUGUUCUUUAUGGCGUCCACUAACUUUAAAGAAAAAUAUCUGUCACAUUUUAUUCUCUCAGUUUUCACUUUCCUCACCAGCAUACAGACGUCUGCCUACAGACGCAUUGAUUUAUAUGUGUGAUUGGUGAGCACAAUUAGGAGUUUAAAUGGAGCGGUGAACCUAAACAAUGAUUCAGGUGUUGAUUCUCAGUGGAACCAGCAAGACAACACAGCGACUCAUACAGGAAGUGAUUUGUUUUAGUGUUAAUGUCUAAUAUUGCUUUAAGGGGCAUUAGAUGUGUAAAUCAGUUUGGUUAUCCCACUGAGCCUGUGAAAACCAUUAUGAUGUCAUGCUGAUGUCAUCAAGGUUAUCUCUGCUUGAGCUUGGAGAUGAAAACUUUAUAACAGAAAGCUUGAUUACAAACUGGAGGUGUGGAUUUUGAAAGAGGGGUGUGUGUGUGUGUGUGUGUGUGUGUGUGUGUGUGUGGGCAGGCCGUGAGGCGCCAACCUAAGACGCGAUCCAGCUACAUUAUGGGUAAUGUAGGACCCAGUUUCUUGUUUAUCUGACUUCACACAACAGACUAAAAGUCAGGAUAUCUUGGCCUCUGUUGCUUCUAUUUUCACCAUUAUCUAUAGCAUAGUCCUCAUGUUUUUACUUCCUGACAAAACAAAGCAAAUAAAUGAUUUUAUUUAUGUUAUUUUUGAGUUGACAGCAUGCUGUGAGCACUCUCCCACUGCAUUAACAUUAGAAUUUACUUUUGUUUUGUCUGGAGGGCAAACAGAGUGGCGCAGUUUCUAACCACUCUCAGAGCAUGUUGUCCACCGUUUGCUUGCUCGUGCAGAAAUGUUAAAAUGAACAACCAUUUUUUUUAUUUUUAAAUGGCUGUCAUGUGAAUUAUCCAGGUAGGAAAGUGGCUCAGCGGGACAUAUGGCAUUUCCUAAAUAAAAUAAAAAUGUAAGAUAAAGAUUAACAGCUUUUCUGAGCUGUGUGUUAACAUGUAAGGCAACACCACACAACUAAGGAAACAGAUUGCGGACAUAAUUGGAGAUCUCAGUUUAAUCCAUGUGUAUGGAAGCAAAGAAAGGCCAUGAUGAUUUGUUUUUUCAUUUAGUAAUUGAAUACCUUUUGUUGUGAAAUGUAACCACUGCUUGAUGCUUUUGUUAAAUACCACUGAAUUUAUAGCACUGGAAUAUUUUGCUCUGGUUUGAAUUCCCGUUUCAGAUUUCUAGCAAGUCAUUUUUAAGUUGUGAAAUUUCAAAGAUGACAAAAUUGACACAUCUAGAAGGAAAAUUCAAGUGGCCAGGUUUUCCAUUUGCUCAUCUGAACUUUUCCUUCUUGGAUAGCAUGACUCAUGUAACCUGACAGGAUAGAGGGUCGGUCGAUUCCAUUUAGGCUCGAUUGCUCGUCUUUGGUAGCCUGAAUGUUUCAGUUAGCCUGAAUUUCACCAAUCCAACCUGGGCAGCUUUGCUUUUUUACUUGAACAUGGUAACAUUAUACCUGUAACACAUCAUUAUGUUAGCAUUGGCUUAAAUCUGCUGUGCCUAAGUACAGCUUCACAGACCUGUUGGCAUGGCUUGAGACUUAUUCUUGUUAGAACUACAAAAUGAGGAAUAGAAUUUGAGCAACUUGUUUUUUUUUAUUUAUUUUUUUUAGAGAUUGGACACUUGAACCCUUUAAAAACAGACAGGGAUUCAAACAAUACUUAUUCUAUCAGAUUUGGGUUACAUCCCAAAAUAGAUAUUUAGUCUAUUCCCGGUUGAGAAUCAAGACCUGCUUUGUGAAUGUAGCCUGUAUUGUGCUAGUCAUGGUAGACUUCUCGGAGUUUAGUAUUUUCCGUUUUCACCGACACGCUAGUCUAUAGCUCUAUGUUCAUUGUCUUCAUUCACUGCUCCUGUCACACAUUUCACAAGCAGUAUGAUGAUGAAGGGAAUAAAAGUGACCCGUGUGAAACCUAACUGAGCCACAGCUCACCACAUCAAGGAAAUGUUUAAUUUUAAAAAAGAAUUGUAUUCUUUUGUCUCUUCUAUCCAGUUUCUGCUCAUCACAAUCACCCUUUUUGUUAUUUUGAAGCCAUUCUUGCUUUCCGUUUACCAAUUGUUCUUCUAUUUCUUAAUCGUUGUAUGCAAACUUGAAUAAGCAUUCUGUAUGUGCAAUACAAUAGACAUAGACCUCAUAUCAUUUUUUGUUUUGUUCUUCUGACUCAGACACAGAUUUCAUACAGCACCAGCUAUGAAUAUUUUUAAAGAAAUGUCAAAGUAAAGGUACAAGGCUGCUAUAAUCUGAUGCCUGUGUCAGAUAAUCAGCUGCCUCUGUAAACUGUUACAAAUGUUUGUCACUUAGAAAUGUAUUCCAAGCUGUUGUCUUGACUGUUGAGACGCACUCUCACCUUUCACAGAGUAAAUAUCUAAACAUUAAAAAUGACUACAAAAC